AUGAAAAAAAAAUCUACUUAUAUAUCUGAUACUUACAGAUUCACUAUAUCCAAACAAUUUGAUUGUUUUUUAAAUGAGAAUAAAGUACUGAAGUACAAAAUAAAAAAACUAGAAUCUAAAAUAUCUACCUUAGAAACCAAACCUGCUAGUAUUAUCGAAUCUACUCCAGAAAAUAUAUUUUCUGAAUUACUUGAUAGACAAGCAAGAAGUCGUAAUCUAAUUUUCUUUAAUGUACCUGAGUUACCUUCUGAUUCCAGUUCAAACGAUAUGCAAACUAUACUUGAAGUGUUUCGUCAUAUUGACACUGAUGUUAUUCCUUUAAACUUACUGCGCUUGGGCAAGGUCUCAACUCAAUGUCAACCUAUUCGGAUUACAUUACCCAACCAACAUGAUGUUUUCAAUUUGUUGAAAAACAAAAGCAAAUUACGUAAAUCUGAUAAUUUUAAACAUGUUAGUUUCUCUACGGAUCGUACACUACUCCAACGCAAACAUCUAAAAUCAAUACUGGACGAGUUAAAUUUUAGAAAAUCAAUUGAUGAAAUAGAUAUAUUUAUUAAAUAUGUUAACAAUGUACCAAUCGUCUCAAAAAACGGUGUAACCUAA